GUAUCCGCUAGCUGUAGCACUUCCUUUCUUUCACCGCGUUAACAAACUCUGAAAUAGUAGAUUUUCAGUAUACAUUGUAAUAACUUUAUACUAUACAUUUUGAUAACGUGUUAGUGUAUACUAUACACUGUACAAUCUAAAUUCAUGAGUUACCCUCCAGGACAACCAGGAUACCCGCCAGGUCAGCCCGGAUACCCGCCCGCGGGACAGCCUGGAUAUCCUCCACAAGCCGGCUAUCCACCACAGCAGCGCUACCCGGCCCCUGCCGGUUUUAACCCGGCCCCUGCCGGUUUUAACCCUGCCCCUGCCGGUUUUAACCGGGCCCCAGCCGGUUUUAACCCCCAGGCUGGCUAUGGAUACCCUCAACAGGGUCCUCCAGGCGCCUACCCACCCCAAGGGGCACCAGGUGCAUACCCCCCUGGAUCAGCGUACCCCGCCCAACCAGGCUACCCUCCCGCCGCCGGAGGUUACCCACCCCAAGCUGGGGGUUACCCCCCUCAAGCGGGUUACCCACCCCAGGCAGGGUACCCGCCUCAGGCUGGUGGGUUUCCCCCUCGUCCCGCUAACCCUUAUGCUGCUGCUGGACCUACUACUGGAGCAGCGGGACAUGACGGAGCCCGCCCCCAGGCCGGAUACGCACCCCGACCCGGCUUCCCACAAGCAGGCUACCCUCAACAAGCUGGUUAUGCACCUCGUGCACCUCAGAUGGCAGUCCCUCAUGGUGGUAUGAGUCAUGGUCAAGGUGGGUAUAGAGCUGCACCCCACGGAGCUGUUCCUGCUGGGUACAUGGGCUACGCUGGGGGAGGCGUCAAGAUGGGCAAGAAGGGCAAGAUGAAGAAAGUGAAGGGAAUGAAAGUUGGCAAGAAACCCAAGAUGAAGAAGUUCAAGAACAAGGGACACGGUGGUGGCGGUUCCUCCUCCUCCUCCAGCAGCUCCUCUUCUUCAGGCAGUUCCUCCUAGUCACGUGACAUGCUCAACAAGGAUUAUUGAUCGGGUUUGAGGGGAUGUACACUCGGAAGCGAGACUGUGCGCGUUCCUGGAGUAGAAACGUUUGCGGAGGAAGAGACAGUUGUAGAUCCUUUUGGCGCCAUCUUUAUCAAUUGUUUAUGUAAUUGUGAUGCACUUUCGAUCAUGCCUUCAAAAUUGAAAUAUUUUAGUAGCUUAUUCAAUAUUCAUUCAAUAUCAAAUUUAUUUACUGACUCUUAAGCAAUGAUUUUUAGUGUUCAUAAUAUAUUGGGUUGACAUUUUUAGAAAUCUAAUUAAUGAUCGUAAACUUAGGCGAUAAGAUAUUAUGACAGUUACAGGCGUAAGAAAUUUUUCAAGCCAUGAUGUUUAUGGAGUUCAAAUUAUUCAAACCAUUAAUGUUAAUAUUUACAUUUUUAAAUCGGUGACAACUAGUGUAUAUGUUUUUAACGUGAUUGCAAAUUUUCAUUUUGUAGCAUACAGGCAAAGUAUGCGUCUUAAAGCUA